AUGAACCGAACAUCCCCAGACACCAUUGACAUUCCAGACAGCGAGGAAGAGUCCGAGGGACGUGAUGCCCACGACGUCCAUGACGAUGGCAUCGCCAACAUGAUUCGAUCAACCCCAGACACCAUUGUCAUUCCAGAAAGCAAUGACGACCCCGAAGGACGUCAUGCUCACGCGAUUCAUGAGGAAUGUAUCGCGAACAUCACCGACUAUAUCAUCCGUGAGGGCCUAACAGUGCAAGAAUUUGUCAAUUCAGCUAGGCCUUCAGCCUAUGUGACUUACUCACACCAGCCCCCACCGAGUCGUGACUUGCUCUUUGCCAGAUGUCGCAACGUCAUUGGCUUUAUUCAAAGUCAAAACAUAACGGUUUACGACUUCGUUAUCACCUUACUUGAGCACCCUCGCCUCUGGGCUCAUCGACGCUCAUUUCUUGGAACCGGAACGUACUCGUGCUCUGUUGUUAUUCGGGUGUUCAAGGCCCUGCAAAACCUGAUUCACGCCGCGGGAAAUACAAUGCCUUUAUGGUAUGAGUUCAUUCAAGCGGAGGCCGAUGACCUUCACAUCAACGACACGGGCGGUUUCCCUUGGCCCCCUCUGUGA